AUGGUUCAAGUCUGCUGCCAUGGUAUUGCGGUCGAAACAGAGUCGACCACGCAAGAAAAUUGUGUAUUAGCAAGCCCUGGAACUCAGCAGUACCCUUUACUGGCGGUAUCAUCCGGAAGUGGAUUUUCUUGCCAAAAUAUAUCGCCGUACAGGACCUUUGGCAAAAUAUUGGAAUCGCAAACCCCCUUUUAUGAUGUUUUUUUGGGUGGAUCUUGUGGAAAUACUGUUUGGAGGAAGGAGGAGGUGAUUCCAUUUUUGGAGAAAAGAGGUAUAAGUUAUUUUGAUCCACAAAAGUCUGUUUGGGACCAAAAUAUGAUUGGCGAAGAGGAUGUAGCUAAAGAAAAUUCGCGUUUAAUUCUUUUUGUCAUUGAUCCUACCACGAUCAAUGCUACGUCAUACCUUGAAAUUGCUCACAUUGCUGCUCGGCAAAUGCCAAAAAUGGUGGUAGUAUUUUUGAAUCAAUUACUUUGGCAAUCUAACGGGUUACCGGAAGACCGUAGUGAUAGGAAGCGUGUUUGUGAAACUCUAGACGAUAUCCUUACUAUGCAUCAUGUUCCCGUGCUUCAUACUAUUAAAGAAGCACUCCAUUAUAUUGAUGAAGCAAUACUUGGCCAGAAAACAUGGUCAGAAGCUAUGGCAAAUCCGCUACAGAGGUUGCCAUUUAUAAUGCUCAAAGGACGUCGGGUCUUUCAACAAUCUGCUCAUAAAAUUGCACAUGCUUGGCAAAUUGUCAGAAAUGGCUUUUGCCGAUGGAGCGGGUCUAAAUUUAUCUUUAUUGUUUUUCUUGAGUUAUUGAUGGUCCUUGCUGUGCACUUUUCUGUUCAUAAUUUCCCAAUUGUAUUUAUUUUACUUCCGCUAAUUGCGUUGGAUGCUUUAUUAGCAAUAUUAGUUCUGCUUUAUUACCGGUAUAAGGCAAGUGUUGCAUCUAAACAGCGAGCCUAUAUAAUGCAGCAGCGAGUUCUUGUCACUAAAGGUUCAAUUGCUAUUCCGGGUCGAAGUGUUGUGCCAUGCGAACUCCAAACCUCUGUUUCUGCAAAAGUUACCAAAUUUAAAAAAAUGGUGGCGGCAUCUGACAAACAAAAGAGAGCUCCUAAGAAGGGAUCGCAAUGUAGCUUUCAUGAGAAAUAUUGUUGGAAAGCACGCAGUGAUACUGAUUUAUACCUAGCUUGCAGUUCAACUCGAGAAUCUGACUUGGCAUACAUGAAUAAAACUGCGGAGAAAUUUUUUAGGCAGGUUUAUUUCAAAAAAAGUUGGAAAGUGAAAUUUGAAAAAGAUCCAUCGCCGGAAGGAUCAAAGCGUAUGAAUACGAUGUCUUCUGCUAGGCAUAUAAUUUACUACUUCCCAACUGCUGAAAGCAUGUUGUCCGGUAUGGUUGAGAUUGCAUAUAUGUUUGGAAAAGUUAGCUGGCGUGUUACUAUCUGUUUACCUCCCGAAGACAGGAGAUGUAUAAGGACUAGUAGUAAAGAUGCUCGGCUAAAGGAAGAGUACCAGUACCGCAAUAGCUGUUAUAAAACUGCUUUUUUGUAUUUGCAAGCGAUGGGGAAGGAUAAGAAUUGUCAGAUAUUUGAGAAACUGGACGAUGCUUUGCAGCAUGCUUAUUCGUGCAUAUCAAGCUGA